AUGGUUGUUUUGUUUUUAUCAAUUUUGAUCAACAUUACAAUAGGAAAUGUGAUAGUCUAAGAAAAUCAAGAUUCUACAGAAUCUUUUAAAAUCCAUUUUGGUGAACCUAAGAUUAUCAUAUCAAUACCAGAAGCUGAAGAUGCUGUAUUGGAAAGUUUUGAAAAAUUGAAUUUUUGUGAAGUAAAACAAUAAACAGUUUAAACAAGAACAUAAUAAUUUACUAUACUUAAAUCUGAUGAAUUUAAAGAGUAUAUAUAUUAUAUAAUUGAAUAAUAGUUAUGAAUUUGAGAAUGAUACUCCAUUAAAUUUUAGAUAAUUCAUUGGGAUGGUUCAUGUUAAUGAUGGUAUGAUUGCUAUUACUUCUGAUUCUAUAGCUUACUUUUUGAAAUUCAAUUAUGAUAAAGUAAUAAAUUAAGAUGGCUUUGAAACAUAUGGAAAUAGCGGUGAUUUUGCAGGUGUAAUUUGGAAGGCAAAUUUACAAGAAAUUCUCUAAUCAACUGAGUCAAAAUCAUAAUUACCCUAAUUAGUUUAUUCAAAUACUAGAAAUCUUGCUUUCAUUUUAUAUACAGAUACUGCUCAUUAUUUUAGUGUUUCAGAAAUGGAAACCAAUUAAAAUAUGCUUUCCAUAUAUUAAAUUUCAACUUUUAUAAGAAGAGAAGAAAGAGGAUUAACAAAAGAAGUUGAAGGUUAUUUAAUUUCAGCAGUAGGGAAGGCAGGUUUGGAUAUAUAUAGAAUUCUAGAGUUAUAAAUUGAAUAUUUAACAAAUAUUUCAUUUAGAGAUUUUGAUAUACUCACUCAUUAAUUGGAUGUAAGAGACUUUGCUGUAAUAAAAAUUAAUGAAGGAAAAUAUUAAUUGUAUUUGCUAGAUGCAAAAUUAGGUUUAAUUUUAGCUUACAUGUACAUCAAUUAGGAUAGUGUAAGAUUUGAAAAAGUAAUUGAUGUUGAUCCUAUACCAAAUGGUAUAGCAGUUGAUACAAAAAAUGGAAAAAAUGUAUUUGUUGCUUAUGAAGAUGAUGGGAUGUACUUUUAUAUUGAAUAUUUUGUCGAUUUUACUUAAAAAAAUUAUACAAUUAUAACAAAAAAAUAAAGUAAUUAUAGAAUAUUAGAUGUUGAUGCUACAGAUGAAUUUGCUAUUAUAAGUGGUGUAAGCAAUCAUUAAAUAGUGUUUUAAAAUGGAUAUGAUUUUAUUGCUCCUCACAAUUAGCCAAUAAGAUUUUCUUAAAUAGGUAUGAGAGAUUUUGAAUUUUUUAAAUAUUCUUAUACUAAUGAUAAACUCAAAAAAGCUGCUCAAUCUGAUGAAUAUCAAUAUGAUGAUUUUUUUUUGGAGUUACUGCAACUAAUGCAUUUUUAACAUAAUUUAAAUUUAUUCCUGCUAGAGUAGUUUGUUUUACUGAUAAUAGUAAUUAUUUUAUAUUAAUUUUAGAAUAAUUCAAAAAUGCAAAAUAAUUUUAUACUUUAAAAUAUAAUUAAUCAUAUGUUACGAAUAGCAUUGUAUCAUUAGAUAAAGUAAUUAGAACUACAAAACAUUUUUCAGUUGAAGUUGUCACUACAUUUUUAUUUGAAUAGUAGAUUCACUUAAUUUAUUUGGUUUUAAUAGUUAUAGGAUUUGUGA